AUGUCUCCCUCUGCUGCUUCCUCUGCCUCGGCAGCGCCGGCUUUGACGCCGUCGCCUCACGUGGAUCGCCUGCUGGGCGACUUGAAACUGUUUGCCGCGUACGACGCGGCGGCGGGCUGGCAGGAGCCGAAGGCGAUGGAGAGCGCGUUCCAGAGUCUUUCUUGGGACGACGCGGAAGUGCUGAAGGCGCUGCCUCAGUACCUCAACUGCCGCGGCGAACAAAAGCGCCGGGUUGACUUCGCCUACGCAGCGCUCUGCCCGCGACCUGUCGAUGAGAAGGAUCCGAAGCAGACGCUGAUGAGCCUGUGGAUGAAGGCGCGCCUUUUUUCGUACGACCAAAAACACCCCUUCGCUCUCUCUCCCUACGCGACCACUAACAACUAG